CUUAAAUCUCGAAUUCGCAUGCAGAAAGUGAAGCUAGAGAAUGCUUCCCUGGCCGAGGUCAAUGAGACCGAAUUUGUAGAGAACAAUCUUGGGAUGGAUCCUUCCUACAGAGGCCUACAGUAUCCACACAGUGCGUCAGCCCCCUCCAUGAUGAAAUCGCAAGCUCAGACUGGCUCUCCAACAUUUGCUAGAGAAGACAAAGCCAGUAAAACGUCGGUGGACAACCUGAAAGCAGCUCAAAUCGACAGGUCCAAGUAUCUCAUUUCUGAAGCCAACGCUCGAACUUUUGAUAAACAUGCGCCAGAGCGAAGCAGCACCAGAAGUCUUGGUCCCCGGGACAGGUCCGACUACAAUCAAGAUUCCGGACAUGGGAGCUCCUCUGGGCAAUAUCCAAAAAAGGCCUUACUUCCCCCGCAGAGAUCUGCCUUGCUGCCUAGGAAAAAACUCUCUGAGCACACAGCACCGACAGAAUUAGCUCACAGUGUUAGUGUGGAUGAGACCGAGAUGGAGGGCCCCCCUAGGUUGGGGAAAUUAGAUGUGACCAAUGUGGCCAAAACUAUCAAUAGGUACGGAACUAUACCGAAAGGGGUGAGAAUUGGUGCUUAUUUGGAGUCAAUGGAGAGAGAACAAGAAGCUCAUGGAAGGGAGUUGCCGUCAAUGGAUGAUCACGAUUCAGGGACGGACAGUGCGAGCGUAACAUCCUGUCCACCACUGGGCGGGGAUCAUAAUAUGGGUGAGGUUGUUGGGGGUAAUGUAAGUGCCCCUAACAAAAGGGUGGAAGGUGUGAGUGAAGAUUCUGAUCCUGGUAUCAAACAAGAGCCAAAUUUAAGGCCCUCAGCGUUUGUGAAAUCUCAAUCUCAGCACGGUAUAGGGGAUUCCCAGGUGACCAACCAGCACCAGGGCAUCAAUUCCACCAAUGUCAAGUCUCAGUAUUCAGGUCUGCUGCAAAGGCACAAGUCAGAUUUGUCUUCAUCCAGCAAGCCAAGCACCCCUUCAGAGCUUUUCACUUCUUCAGAUCAGAUGGUAACUUCGACCUCAUCUAGCUACCAUCACCCUUCCUCCGUCCAACGCUCGGACACCGACCCACUUUCUCGUCUGACCGACCACUCUCCUCCACAGCCGGCCCCUCCUCACUCGGCGCCCCACCAUGCUUCUCACUUCCCUGAUCUUCCCGCCUCCGGCAGACCCAAGCCUAGUCCUCGCUUCUCUCGCCAGUUUGCUGAAGAGCAGCAGCAACUCCAUCCGAGAGCACCUUUGGCCACUGUGCCUCCCAACAACAUCGCUCUUGAUUCCAACAACCUUAAUGAACCUUACAGACCACCUGCGUGGAUGGUUGGACUUAAGUCGCGAUCUGAAGAAAACUCACAGCCCCCCAAUCAGCUCAACGGGGCCCCCAGCAAUGUUAGCUCAUUUAAGAUGUACGCCAAGCCAUCGGUGAAUCUUAAUUCCACUUCAGAUCCGAAGCAGCCGCCCACUGUUGUUAGGGAAACAAACUUAGACCUAGUCAAUGCUGAAGCGUGUUUGGCUGCUGCCACAGACUCCGUAACUGGUUCUCGCGAGACACCAGCUUAUCGUACUACCGGGGUUAAACUACUGCCCAACAGUGUAAGUGGUGGGACACCGUUCAUUGCAUCAUCGAUGUCUGCCAGCUUCUACUCUGACCCCAACCAACCAGCCUCAUCACCCGUAGAUGGGGGCAGUGGUCAGUUGGAACCGCUGGAACCUGUUAACAUUGACUCUAUAAAGUCUGCCUCCGACCGGCUCAAAUCUUGCAUAGACAAACUGGCAGAGGCCGGCAACAAGUCCAGCACCAAUUUCAUGCUCCUCUCGGAGGAGGUUUUAGCAUUCUACAGCAUAUGCUCACGUUUUAUAGAUGCGCUUCCCCCGCACGCUAAAUUCCAUGUACGUGAACUGUUAUCAAGGAUGCAGGCCCAUAGCCAGAACCUGAAGACGUACACAAGCUCAAAUCCUUCUGGAGGAGGCAAGCUGCUAGAUGACAUACAAGUAACCAACAAGGAAAUUAUGGGUGUAAUACAGAGGUAG